UGCAGGUCUGGACUCAGCGAGGGAUUAGACCUGAGUGUGUGUGUGUGUGUGUGUGUGUCGGGGGGGGGGGGGGUGUUCAGGACUCAGAAGGUCCAGUUUUUACAGUGUUCUCUUUAACCCGACCAACACCUUCACUUCUCCCCGACUAGAAUGAAGGAGUUUGAAACUGUAAACGAUGUUUUUCCUUUUGGAUAAAAAUCAACAAAAGAACGAUUUCAUGUCUGAUUCGUUCAUUUAUCACUUAUUAAUGUUUUAAGGUCCGCCUCCAGAUAUGACUCCGCCUCCAGAAUGAUUUUAUAUUUUAUAUGUUUAUUUUCAUCUUUGAACACAAACUUCAGUUUUCAGUGUUUCUGUUCCCUCGUGUAUAAAAACUCUCUCUCUCUCUCUCUCUUUCUCUCUCUGUCUCUCUCUCUCUCUCUCUCUCUCUCUCUCUCUCUCUCUCUCUCUCUCUCUCUCUCUCUCUCUCUCUCUCUCUCUCUCUCUCUCUCUCUCUCUCUCUCUCUCUCUCUCUCUCUCUCUCUCUCUCUCUCUCUCUCCCUCUCUCUCUCUCUCUCUCUCUCUCUCUCUCUCUCUCUCUCCUCGCUGGUUUAUUCUGACCUCCUUCCUCCUCUCAGGGUCACUGCAUGUCCUGAACUGUUACUGGAUUUACAGUCUUGGUUUCUGAAUGUUUGGAAUGGAAAAGUGGGGUGGUGAGACAAAACAUGCGAUAACUAAAAAAAAAAUGGCGUCGGCAUCAUUUUUGGCCCCACCUCCAGAUCUUGAGUUGAACCUGUGUCUGUGUCUCCUGAAGAUGAACCCUUUCACUCAGACUCACUCUCUGCUCCCCCCCCUCUCUCUCUCUCUCUCUCUCUCUCUCUCCCUCUCUCUCCCUCUCUCUCUCUCUCUCUCUCUCUCUCUCUCUCUCUCUCUCUCCCUCUCUCUCCCUCUCUCUCUCUCUCUCUCCCUCUCUCUCUCUCUCUCUCUCUCUCUCUUCUCUCUCUCUCUUCUCUGUGAGGGUCCCGCUCUCAGGGUCACUUCAUGUCCUGAACUGUUACUGGAUUUACAGUCUUGGUUUCUGAAGCUCCUCCUCCUCCUCCUCCUCCUCCUCUUCUGUUGGCCCUGUCUGUUUAGUCACCUCGUACCUGUCCAUUGCCGUAGUGAUGUAGGUUGUAGGCGUGGGUAACCUUCCAGUCCACUUCUAAAUAUAAGGCGUCACAAACUCAUGUGAAAAGUGGGGUGGUGAGACAAAACAUGAGAUAACUAAAAAAAAAAAUGGCGUCGGCAUCAUUUUUGACCCCACCUCCAGAUCUACGAGUUGAACCUGUGUCUCCUGAAGAUGAACCCUUUCACUCAGACUCACUCUCUGCCCCCCCCCUCUCUCUCAGGUGGCCUCAGGUUCUGGUCCGGCCUCGUCCUCGGCGCCCUCAUCACGCCAGCAGCUGCGUCAGCGGAUCACCCGCGUUAACCUCAGGGACUUCAUCUUCUGUCUGGAGCAGGACCGGUCCACGGCCCGCUCUCUGACCCUCUACAAGGCUCUGCUCAAAUGAGGAGGAGCCCCCCCUGGAGGACUGCCGGGCCCACUGCAGACCACGGACCGGGUCACUCUUCAUCCUCAGACUCUCACACCCUCAGAGGGGUCGGAUGUGGGGGGCCCGGUUUGAACUUCAGUCUGAGGGGACGGUUUUAGAUGAUCCAGGAGCCCGGCUUCAGUCUGCACAUGAACCUUCACCUCAGGUCUCCUCAGAGUGGACUCUGUCCCACAGAAGAUCCAGCUCAGAGAGUGGUCCACAGUGAACAGGGGGGGUCCUCUCUGGGUAUCUGGGUCAGUUCUAGGAGAGGGUCUCUGCUGAGGUGAAUAAUGUGCAGAUCUGGAUCCAGGUUCUGUUUUCAGACUGAUGAGCUGGUCCAGGGCGUACCUGAGCAGGUGCCUUCACAGUCUCUUCCUUUCCCGUGUCUCUGAUCUGCCCCCCCCCUCCCCGCUCUGAGGACCCUGAGAUCCCGGAGCUCCUGAGUUUUUUUUAAAGUUCACGUCGUAAUUUUUCCUGCAGAGUUUGAGAAUCAUGGUGGAUCAGAAGACCCAUGAAGGAGGAUCAUGUCCAUGAGUGUGUGUGAGACUGCCUGAGUCCAUGAGUGUGUGAGAGACUGCCUGAGUCCAUGAGUGUGUGCGAGUCCAUGAGUGUGUGUGAGUCCAUGAGUGUGUGAGAGACUGCCUGAGUCCAUGAGUGUGUGUGUGAGUCCAUGAGUGUGUGUGAGUCCAUGAGUGUGUGAGAGACUGCCUGAGUCCAUGUGUGUGUGUGAGACUGUGUGAGUCCAUAUGUGUGUGUGAGAGUCCAUGAGUGUGUGUGUGAGUCCAUGAGUGUGUGUGUGUGAGUCCAUGAGUGUGUGUGUGUGAGUUCAUGAGUGUGUGUGUGAGUCCAUGAGUGUGUGUGAGACUGUGUGAGUCCAUGAGUGUGUGUGAGACUGCCUGAGUCCAUGAGUGUGUGUGAGAGUCCAUGAGUGUGUGUGUGAGUCCAUGAGUGUGUGUGAGACUGUGUGAGUCCAUGAGUGUGUGUGAGACUGCCUGAGUCCAUGAGUGUGUGUGUGAGUCCAUGAGUGUGUGUGUGUGAGUCCAUGAGUGUGUGUGUGUGUGAGUCCAUGAGUGUGUGUGUGUGAGUCCAUGAGUGUGUGUGUGUGAGACUGCGUGAGUCUAUGAGUGUGUGUGUGAGUCCAUGAGUGUGUGUGUGAGUCCAUGAGUGUGUGUGUGUGAGACUGUGUGAGUCCUUCAGUGUGUGUGAGACUGCCUGAGUCCAUGAGUGUGUGUGUGUGUGAGACUGUGUGAGUCCUUCAGUGUGUGUGAGACUGCAUGAAUCCAUGAGUGUGUGUGUGUGAGACUGUGUGAGUCCUUCAGUGUGUGUGAGUCCAUGAGUGUGUGUGUGAGUCCAUGAGUGUGUGUGUGAAUCCAUGAGUGUGUGUGUGAGUCCAUGAGUGUGUGUGUGAGUCCAUGAGUGUGUGUGAGUCCAUGAGUGUGUGUGUGAGUCCAUGAGUGAGUCUUCACAGGAGGGAGGAGCCUAACAGUCAAAGGAGCAGUUCAGCAUUUUUACACACACCCAGAGUCCAGGUCAGCAGAAAGACCGGGUCAGGUGGGGUCAGGGAGCCCAGCCAGGUGGUUAAAGUUGACAGCUGGACUGGAUUGGACCCCCCCCACACACACACACACAUUACGCUAAGCUUAGCUGACCUAGCCUCCUCCUGGUCUGGUUCCCGGUCCAGAGUAAAACCUAGCCUGAGAUGCCCCCCGGUCUUUAACCUCAGACUUAGACCCGUCUCUUUUUCUUGGUCUGGUCCUCAUGCUGGUCUGUGCUGGACCUGUUUCUUUCUCUAAUGCCAAGCGGGUCCUCACCUGGUCUGGUUUCUAGUUCCUGGUCUUUGAUUUCUGAAGGUCUUGAUCCUCAGAGCUCAAGUCCAGGUUCUCAGAGUCAUGGUGGUCCUGCUGAUAACGGGUCUUAAGCUCAGGACUACAGCUGUGUGAAAGAACCAGAACCAGAACCAGAACCAGCAGUUCUCGUGAUGCUAAGCUAGCCUGAGGACCAGCAUAUGGGAGUGAGACCUCAGAACUCUCAGUGAGACCCCCAGAUUGAGCCCCAGACUAAGACCCAGACUGAGACCCAGACUAAGACCCGGACUGGAUUAAAUGUUGAACUGCUCCUUUAAAGACCACCUCUCACUUUCUUCAUUUCUGCUGUUUUUAACACGGAGCCGGUUCUCCUCCAAUCAGCUGAUCACCUCAGACCACAUACAGACUACACUCCUCCUCUUCCUGCUCUUCAUCCUGGCUCCUCCCCUUUUCUCUCCGGUCUGACCCGCCUCCUCCUGGACCCGGUUCUGAGUGUGUGGGUUCAGUUUUAUCUUGUGAGAGUUUGAAGCUGGUUUUUGGGACAGGUCCGAUCCCUGAAGGUUUUUAACGCUUUAAUCGUCUUUCCCUCGUCAUACCCGAUCCUCUCCUGCCCGGUUCUGGAUCCGGUCCCGUCUUUUGGUCUCGGGUCUGUUCGGUCUGUAGCUCCACCUGCUGACUCGGCGCUGUGCUGGACCUUCUGUAUAUUCGCUCACAGGAUCACCGUCAAGGAAGGAUGAAUUUUUGGGACUAUUUAUAUUUCCUACAUUCUGUAUUCAACCCUGACGCAUUUCAGGCAAUGCAAUUUUACAGUCGUUUGUACCUUUGCAAAAAAAUGAAAUAAAGAAAAUGAGAAAGAAGUUCGGAGUCGUGGUUUUAGUUCAGUUUGUACAAAAACACUCAGAGACACAGAGACGGCCGACAAAGACUUUCAAUCUAGAAAAACAGCAGGUUAUAAAAACAGGAUUAAAUUAUCAAAACAGGACUUUAUCAAAACAGAGUCUGAGAGCAGGGCCCAGUUAUCCAGGAGGAGGAGGAGGAGGAGGAGGAGGAGCCAGACCUCCUCCUGAAGGGGCAGCAGGAACUCAGGAGGCGGAGCGGUCGUCACGGUAACCAGAAGGUUGGCAGUUCCAUUCCCCCCAUCCCGAGUGUGUGUGUGUGUGUGUGUGUGUGUGUGUGUGUGUGUGUGUGUGUGUGUGUGUGUGUGUGUGUGUGUGUGUGUGUGUGUGUGUGUGUGUGUGUGUGUGUGUGUGUGUGUGGUCGGAGAGGCUGGAGGUGCGAACCUGAAGCUGUAACUCCUGCGGUAUUUUACCACCACCGAGGUGAGACAGGAGAGACUGUGCCCCCCUUUAAGGAUCAGGUCUAGGAGUCCUUCAUCUUAUAGUCCUGAUCGGGGGGGGGGGGGAUUCGCUCUUCUGAGAAUCUAAAACCGAGACCACCACUGUUAGCUUUGAUGCAAUAACGCCACACGAGGGACACGAGGGACACGAGGAGUCCCAGAACGCUAACCCACAAUUUUCAAUUUUCACCGCAUCCUGAACGACUUCGAUCUGGCAGAGAUCUUCACUGUCCGCCGACUCCUACCGGAUCUGUUUGUGAGGCGGAUUUACCUGCAGAUUCACGUUCAAUAACGAGUCGUCUCUCUAAAGACAGACACAUAGACAUAUAAGCAGUAGAUUGUGUCCUUCCAGAGGAGGAAAUCUACUUCUAGACUUCUAGAAUCAGCAUCUCCUGGAAAGAAGUCGGUGUAAAUCGACACGUUAACUUGAAUGGUUACGAUCAGCUACGAUCGGAGGAUACGACCUUUUAGGAGACGAUCAGGAUGAAGGUGGAGGUCGGGGGGUCAGCUGUGUCCCGGUCCAGGGACCGCAGCCCUCAAAGUCCUCAUUGGAGGACCCAAGGUGUCACUGCAGCAAGUCAAAAGUUGUCCACAGACGCCGACUAAAGCGUCCUGUUCUGGUCGAGGCAGCAUCAGGUGCGUCCUUCAGAGCCGCACAUUUCCCAGAAUUCUCUGCACUCUAAUAAAACCCAGAAACAUCGGCAGGGUAGCGGUUAGCACGAUCUGACCGAGACCCUGGACCGGGACACAGAUAAGGGGCGGGGUGAAUUUUCAGAGCGCGAACCGCACAAACCGGGCGAAUCAGACGUGAGAAUGACACAAAUUUACGACGCCGCUAACACGCCUUCGCUUCGUUCAGUUACGGAAGAGGGCUGAGAGUCUGAACGGCGUUGUGGUCGGAUGAUCCGGUACCCUCACAGAGUGACACCCCCAACCAUGUUUGAUAUAAGCAGACUGAAGCGGUGUGAAGGAAGCCCCGCCUCUCUUGUGUAAAUUAGCGUGUUUGGGCGCUCGUCUGGACUAGUGAGCGGACCCAAAACCCUGAGGCGGUCAAAAACACGCCAACUGAGAACGCCAAUCAUUUUAUUUCCUGGUGUGAACGCGGUCGAGGUCGUGAGGAUCUAUCAGGGCGGAUUUUGGCGCCCCCUGUAGACCAAGUGAGCUCUGGUGAUCUGGAUCUUUAAAGUCUGGAUCUGGAUCAACUACCUGAUCCUGAUUGAAGAUACAGGAUUUUCAAAACCGGGUCAUCCUGAUCCAGAUUUACCUUUUGGAAUAACUGGGCCCUGAUUCUGAAUCAAUCACAUCUGAUCCAAACGGACGCUCUGCAGAGGUCAGAGGUCAGAGGUCAGAGGUCAGAGGUCACCUCAGCUCCGGCGGUCUCUGAGUUCCUCUCCAGGUUCUGCAGAUGCUGCAGGAUCCAGAUGUGAACAGUUUCUGGUGGUUCUGUUUAGUCCAGAGGUUCCUGUUUGAUCCGGAUCGGGGUGCUCGUGAUGGACUGGCUGUGCCGCAGGUCCCGGCACAGGACGUACUCGCUGAACUGGGACGAGUCCACGCCGCCGCCACACGACGCCUUGAUGCUGAAACCUUUCUGAAAGAGACGCUCCAGGACC